GCGUGCUGCGCCCCGCGGCGGGAGGAGCCGCGCUGUUCCGGCUGUCCGCGGGGGCGACCAUCUGGUCCGCGCCGCGGGCGGGAAGGGCAGGUAGGCGAGCAGGCACCGCGGCUCUGGGCGUGACUCGGGCAGCGGAGCCCUUUGCGAGCCUGGCGCGCCUCCCGCACCCGCGGCCUCCGGCUCUGCGACGGGGGAGUAAGGAGAUGCCGACCCAGAGGGACAGCAGUACCAUGUCUCAUCCAGUCGCAGGCGGCUGCAGCGGGGAACAUGCUCACCAGGUCCGGGUGAAAGCCUACUACCGCGGGGAUAUCAUGAUAACCCAUUUUGAACCUUCAAUCUCCUUUGAGGGCCUUUGUAAUGAGGUUCGAGACAUGUGUUCUUUUGACAAUGAGCAGCUUUUCACCAUGAAAUGGAUUGAUGAGGAAGGAGACCCAUGUACAGUAUCAUCUCAGUUGGAGUUAGAAGAAGCCUUUAGGCUUUAUGAACUAAACAAGGAUUCUGAACUCUUGAUUCAUGUAUUCCCUUGUGUACCAGAACGUCCUGGAAUGCCCUGUCCAGGAGAAGAUAAAUCCAUCUACCGCCGAGGUGCACGCCGCUGGAGAAAGCUCUAUUGUGCAAAUGGCCACACUUUUCAAGCCAAGCGGUUCAACAGGCGUGCCCACUGUGCCAUCUGCACUGACCGAAUAUGGGGACUUGGACGCCAGGGAUAUAAGUGCAUCAACUGCAAACUGCUGGUUCAUAAGAAGUGCCACAAACUUGUCACAAUUGAGUGUGGGCGGCAUUCUUUGCCACCGGAACCAAUGAUGCCCAUAGAUCAGUCAUCCAUGCAUUCAGAGCAUGCACAGACAGUAAUUCCAUAUAAUCCUUCAAGUCAUGAGAGUUUAGACCAAGUUGGUGAAGAAAAGGAGGCAAUGAACACCAGGGAAAGUGGCAAAGCUUCAUCCAGUUUAGGUCUUCAGGAUUUUGAUUUGCUCCGGGUUAUAGGAAGAGGAAGUUAUGCCAAAGUACUACUGGUGCGAUUAAAAAAGACAGAUCGUAUUUAUGCAAUGAAAGUUGUGAAGAAAGAGCUUGUCAAUGAUGAUGAGGAUAUUGAUUGGGUACAAACAGAGAAGCAUGUUUUUGAGCAGGCAUCCAAUCAUCCUUUUCUUGUUGGGCUACAUUCUUGCUUUCAGACAGAAAGCAGAUUGUUCUUUGUCAUAGAAUAUGUAAAUGGAGGAGAUCUAAUGUUUCAUAUGCAGCGACAAAGAAAACUUCCUGAAGAACAUGCCAGAUUUUACUCUGCAGAAAUCAGUCUAGCAUUAAAUUAUCUUCAUGAACGAGGAAUAAUUUACAGAGAUUUGAAAUUGGACAAUGUAUUGCUGGAUUCUGAAGGACACAUUAAACUCACUGACUACGGCAUGUGUAAGGAAGGAUUACGACCAGGAGAUACAACCAGCACUUUCUGUGGUACUCCCAAUUAUAUCGCUCCUGAAAUUUUAAGAGGAGAAGAUUAUGGUUUCAGUGUUGACUGGUGGGCUCUUGGAGUGCUGAUGUUUGAGAUGAUGGCAGGAAGGUCUCCAUUUGAUAUUGUUGGGAGCUCUGAUAACCCUGAUCAAAACACAGAGGACUAUCUCUUCCAAGUUAUUUUGGAAAAACAAAUUCGCAUACCACGUUCUCUGUCUGUAAAAGCUGCAAGUGUCCUGAAGAGUUUUCUCAACAAGGACCCAAAGGAACGAUUGGGUUGUCAUCCUCAAACAGGAUUUGCUGAUAUUCAGGGACACCCAUUCUUCCGAAAUGUUGAUUGGGAUAUGAUGGAGCAAAAGCAGGUGGUGCCUCCCUUUAAACCAAAUAUUUCUGGGGAAUUUGGUUUGGACAACUUUGAUUCUCAGUUUACUAAUGAACCUGUCCAGCUCACUCCAGACGAUGAUGACAUUGUGAGGAAGAUUGAUCAGUCUGAAUUUGAAGGUUUUGAGUAUAUCAAUCCUCUUUUGAUGUCUGCAGAAGAAUGUGUCUGAGCCCAUUUCUCAACUCUGCAGUUUGCUUGUGUUGCCAUCUAAUGCAUGAAUAAACAUGUUAUUAGCCUGGA